GAGCGCCGAGGCGGGGCCGCAGCAGCGCAGGGAAGAUGCGCUCGGCGGCGCGGACGGCCGGGUUCCUCCUGCUCUGCGGGGUGGCCUUGGGUCUCUACUUCCCCAGGAAGGAGUACUUGGAGAAUGUCUACAUUGACGAGCCAGCGGGAACGCCGCUCCUGCGCAUCCAUGCCUUGAGGGAUUCACGUGAGGAAGUGGCCCACUUUCAUCUGUGCCAAAAUCUCAUAGUUCCUCGAGCAAGACCACAAGAAAAUAAUUGGUUCCAAAUCAGAGAAGAAACAGGACUUCUCUACCUCAGCAAAAGCCUGGAUAGAGAGGACUUUAACAUGCUGUCUGUAGGAAAUUGGAUGCCAUUGUCCAAGGUGAUGCUGUAUGUCUUCCUUUCAUCCCACCCUUUCCAAGAGAAGGAAUGUGACUCUGCUACACGCACCACGGUUUUCCUCUCUUUGAUCAAUGCUACUGCACCAGCUUGCAGUUCCCUGACAGCAAGGCAGCUUUGCUUCACAGAAAUGGAUCUCUCCUUUCACAUCAAGGAGAAUAAACCGCCUGGUACAUUUCAUCAGCUCCGGUUACCUUCAGUUCAUCAUCUGUGUCAGAAUCUCAGCAUUUCCUACAAACUGCUUGCAGCUGAAGGAGUUCCCUUUCGGUACAACGAGAACACCACCAGUGUGCGGGUGACGCAGCGCCUGGAUCGGGAGGAGAGGGAGAGAUACGAGCUCAUUGCCAAGUGCACCGUCAGAGAGGGGCUCAGGGAAAUGCAGGUGGAGGUGCCUUUCCUGGUGAACGUGUUAGAUGAAGAUGACUCUCCUCCCUUCCUUCCCAAUGGCACUGAUACUGCAGAUGCUGUCGUGGAGUUCAACAGGAAAGAGGGCACUGUUCUUUCCACGCUGACUGUGUACGAUGCAGACACCACACCUAUUUACCCCCUUGAAAGCAGCAGAAAGAAAUACACAGGAACCAUCAUUACUGACGAUCCCUGGAUAAGUGAAACAUUUCGUGUAGAGCACAUCUUUGAUGAAAUCCACUUCAGCCCAAAUGGCAGCCAAGUGAGGGGGACUCGGCACGAGUACAAACUGGUACUGAAUAAAAGCAUUUCAGUCACAGAGCAUCGUUCCUUCCAGCUGGAUGUUUUGGUGAAUGACACAGAAUUUCAUGGCCCAGAAAGAUCGGUGAUGCUUCAUUUCAAUGUCUCCAUCCUCCCUGUCAGCAUUCAGUUUUCAAACAUAACUUACCAGUUCACAGUGAACAGAAAUGCUGAACGUUUUGCACAAGUGGGAAAGAUCUGCAUUGAAAACUGCAUGAAAUUCCGUGGUGUAAACAUCACCUACAAGUUGCUGUCCCCCAACUCGAGCUGUUAUCCUGUCAGCAUUCUGCAAGGCCGAGAGGACAAAUUUGGGAGUCUCUAUGUGAACGAUUCCUCUGUGCUGCGCAGACCCGAAUGCAAGGAAAUACAGUACACUGUUCAAGCUACUGACAGGCAGAGCAGGAAACACACCAAAACCCUCCUCACUGUUGUCCUGGAAGGGACUCUUUUAAAAAAAGAAGAGGACUGUCCUGACUCUUGUGCUAUAAGUAAGCACCGUGCUGAAUGUGAAGAAUGUGGUGGCCUGGGAGUGCUAACAGGAAGAUGCCAGUGGAGACAGGGGAGUGGGAAAGGGAUCACCACAAACUACUCCACGUGCACCCCAAGCAUCAAGACUUGUCCGGAUGGCGUCUGUGAUGUGGUGGAGGGCAGAGACCCGGCUGUGUGUCCCCAAGACUGCACAAGUGGAAACAUUAUUGGUGGCCAUGGGAAAGGCAUUGGAAAUCUUGGAAUUAAGUCAGGACAUGGGAUUUGUUACUGCUUCCCAAGACAGAACUGUUAUUGUGAGAAAGAUGAUAUCAAAGAGCAACUGUGCGAUGACUUGUGCAAGACUGUGAUCACCGGGGCAGUGGUGCUGUGCUUUGUCAUCUCCGUGCUGGUUUCUUUCUACUGCAUCCACCGCUACCACAAGAACUCCCCGAAGGCGCCCAUCGCCUCCGCCGAGAUGACGUUCCGGCGCCCUGCCCAGUCCUACCCCAUCAGCUACUCCUCCAGCAACGUCCGCCGCCCUUCCCUGGACUCCAUGGAGAACCAGGUGUCUGUGGACACCUUCAAGAUACCAGAAGAUCCAAAGUGGGAAUUCCCUCGGAAGAACCUAGUUCUUGGCAAGACUCUUGGAGAAGGAGAAUUUGGAAAGGUUGUCAAGGCGACAGCGUUCCGACUUAAGGGAAGGGCUGGCUAUACCACUGUGGCAGUGAAAAUGCUGAAAGAAAAUGCUUCCCAAAGUGAGCUGAGAGAUCUCCUGUCAGAGUUCAACCUUCUGAAACAAGUCAACCAUCCUCACGUCAUCAAACUUUAUGGAGCUUGCAGUCAAGAUGGCCCACUGUAUUUAAUUGUGGAAUACGCCAAAUACGGCUCCUUGCGCAGUUUCCUCAGGGAAAGUCGGAAAGUUGGCCCGAGCUACGUGGGCAGUGAGGGCAACAGGAAUUCCAGUUAUUUGGAUAACCCUGACGAGAGAGCCUUAACCAUGGGAGACCUGAUAUCGUUUGCAUGGCAGAUAUCCCGAGGGAUGCAGUACCUGGCAGAAAUGAAGCUUGUGCAUCGGGAUUUAGCAGCCAGGAACGUGUUGGUGGCAGAAGGGCGCAAAAUGAAGAUUUCUGAUUUUGGCCUCUCACGUGAUGUAUAUGAAGAAGAUUCCUAUGUAAAGAGGAGCAAGGGCCGAAUCCCUGUGAAAUGGAUGGCCAUAGAGUCACUAUUUGACCAUAUCUACACAACACAAAGUGAUGUAUGGUCAUUUGGAGUUCUGCUAUGGGAGAUUGUUACUUUAGGAGGCAAUCCUUACCCAGGUAUUGCUCCUGAAAGACUCUUUAACCUCCUAAAAACAGGCUAUAGAAUGGAGAGACCAGAAAACUGCAGUGAAGAAAUGUACAACCUCAUGUUGCGCUGCUGGAAGCAAGAAGCUGAUAAAAGACCAACAUUCACUGAGAUCAGCAAGGAACUAGAGAAAAUGAUGGUGAAGAGUAGGGACUACUUGGACCUUGCAGCUUCCACGCCCUCCGAUUCCUUACUGUACGAUGAUGGGCUCUCCGAAGAGGAGACACCUCUCGUGGACUGUAAUAAUGCUCCCCUCCCUCGAACCCUCCCUUCCACAUGGAUUGAAAACAAACUCUAUGGCAUGUCAUACCCGAACUGGCCUGAGGAGAGCCCCGUUCCACUCACAAGAUUCGAUGGCACUAACUCUGUGUUUUCAAGAUAUGCAAAUGAUAGUGUAUAUGCUAACUGGAUGGUUUCACACUCAGCGGCAAAAUUUAUGGACAAGUUUGAUAGCUAAAAUUUUCUUUGUGAAAGGUAAUGGACUCCUGAGGAAAGCAAGGAGGCAAAGAGUGGGAAGUCCAUUGACUUGUUCUUUGUACAAUCAACAACUAACUUUAAAAUUGGCAAAUCCCUUUAUUGGUAGUUUUUCAAGUGUGUUAUUUAUGCUGAAGACUAUAAUUGGUACUCUCCCCUUUCAGAAAACAUAUCAAGCUGGAUAAGAGUUAUAGUUCUGGUACUUCUUUCUAAGUUGCCAUUUUGCAUAUGGUUCUAUUUGGCAACUUCUUAGUGCAAAUGGCCUUGCACCUCAUCCUCGGUGGUUUUUAAACUAACCAUCCUGUUACAGCGUUCUGAGAUGGUAAAACAUACUUGGACUGCUACUUUUAUAGUGGCUGUUAGCAUAUAACCACUUGAUCUAAGCAGGAAGCACAAACAAUAUACAGAAGGGAGGAGGGAAACAGGCUCCCAGAUUAUUGAACUUGCUAUCGAAUGACAAGUGUUAGAAUGAUGUUGGCACUAACAAAGCCAAGAUCUUGGUUUGGAAGCAAACAUUUAGUAACUCAAUAGAGGACUUGAGAUUCAACAUUUGAAGUCUUGUAAAAUGUAUUGUCUUGUCUUAAUGAGAAGAGAAUUUGUUUUAUUAGUCUUAACUUCUCUUACCUUUAGCACAAUGGAGAUAAAUUUGAUACAAGAUAAGCUGUAUAGACUGAUGGCAAUCAAGAAUGUUUGUCUGACACAUUUGCUUUCCAUCACUUUCCAUAUUAGUAAUGUUAAAACAUACAGUCUUGUACAAUCAUAGUUUCUUUUAUGAGUUAUAAAUAAGCU